AGCUGCCCAGAGCCUGGGGAAGGAGAGUCUGUGCCGGAGGUGACUGGAGCCGCGGCGACGGCGGCGGUGGCGGCAGCAGGAGUAGCAGUGGCGGCGCUCUCAGCCGCAACAGCUGAGACUCUGGCCCGGGCCAGAGCGGCGCGGCAGACAAUAACCGGGCUGGGAGCAGGACCCGGCCGGAUCCCACUGUGAUGCUUCCAGACUGAUGAUGUUAUAACAGCACCUGGAAGCCUAAGACUGCAUUUCCAGCUAAACAUACCUGAAUUGUCCACAUCACCAUGGAGACCCGGAAAGAUGAAGCUGCUCAGACCAAGAGAGCAGCAUCCUCUGGAGAUAUCCAGGAACAGGAAGCAGAGAAAGGAGCCAAGAACAAGGCAGCUGAAGCAGCAGAAGGGCCAACCUCAGAGCCACCCUCAUCUGGCCCAGGUAGGCUGAAGAAAACUGCCAUGAAACUUUUUGGUGGCAAGAAGGGAAUCUGUACUCUGCCUAGUUUCUUUGGAGGGGGACGAAACAAAGGUUUUGGGAAAAGCAGCUCCAAGAAGGGUCUAAGCAAGAGCAAGACCCAUGAUGGCCUGAGUGAAGCAGACCGUGGCCCUGAAGACAUUGUCAGCGAAGGAACUGGCAUCUCCUUACCUUUGCCUGAGUCACCCUGCCGAGUUCCCAGCUCCCAGAGUGCCCAUGGGGCUUUGGAGACAGGCUCCAGACAGAAGACCCCUGUGACUGGAACCAUUGAAAAAACAGGGGCUGAGAGGGUUCCCUCUGUGCCCAAGCCAAAGAAAGGCCUAAAAGGCUUUUUUAGUAGUAUCCGCCGUCAUCGAAAGAGCAAGGUUGCUGGGGGUGAACAAAGUGAGCCAGGAGCCAAGGAACCUGAACGGGCCAGAGCAAUGUCUCAUGAAUAUGUAAGCUCAGCCCCUCUGCCCUUCUCUGAGGAGACUGCCCAACACCUUAGAAAGGAUAAUGCCAAACCUCAUGAUACCCCUGGGGCAAUAAUUUCUCUAGCACCAGAGUCUUCUUCACCAAAUACUGAGAAUACAGCCUGUAAAAAUCCAGAAAAACCCAGUACUGGGAUCUGUGCCUCAGUACUCUUGCAGCCUAAGCCAGACCCUGAAGCCAGUAACAUAGACGAACACCACAGCCCGGAAACAGGGGAAAAGAUGGUGGCAGGAGAAGUAAAUCCACCCAAUGGCCCUGUGGGAGAUCAGCUGAGCCUCUUGUUUGGAGAUGUUACAUCCCUGAAAAGCUUUGACUCACUGACAGGUUGUGGUGAUAUUAUAGCAGAACAGGACAUGGAUAGUAUGACAGAUAGCAUGGCCUCUGGGGGCCAGAGGGCCAACCGAGAUGGUACCAAACGAAGUUCCUGCCUGGUGACUUACCAAGGAGGUGGGGAGGAGAUGGCCUUGCCAGAUGAUGAUGAUGAGGAAGAGGAGGAGGAUGAGGAGGUGGAAUUAGAGGAGGAAGAAGAGGAGGUCAAGGAAGAGGAAGAAGAUGACUUAGAAUAUCUGUGGGCAAGUGCCCAAAUGUACCCAAGGCCUAAUCUGAACCUAAGCUACCAUCCCACUACAUCUCCAGGCCACCAGGGCUAUGUGCUCCUUGACCCAGCUCGGUCUUAUCCUGGCCUAGGCCCUGGAGAACUUUUGACUCCUCAGAGUGACCAGCAAGAGUCUGCCCCCAAUAGUGAUGAAGGUUAUUAUGACUCCACCACUCCUGGAUUUGAGGAUGAUUCGGGUGAGACCCUAGGGCUUAUCCGCAGGGAUUGCCUCCCCAGAGACAGCUAUAGUGGAGAUGCACUAUAUGAAUUCUAUGAGCCAGAUGACAGUCUUGAAAACUCCCCACCUGGAGAUGACUGUCUUUAUGACCUCCAUGGUCGCAGCUCUGAGAUAUUUGACCCCUUCUUGAACUUUGAGCCCUUUUCUUCCCCCCGGCCACCUGGGGCAAUGGAGACAGAAGAAGAACGGCUAGUGACCAUCCAGAAGCAGUUGUUGUAUUGGGAACUUCGUCGGGAGCAGCUUGAGGCCCGAGAGGCACGUGCUCGAGAGGCUCAUGCAAGGGAGGCUCAUACCAGGGAAUCCUAUACCCGAGAGCCUCAUGCCAGGGAGGCCUAUGUCCAAGAGGCCCACAGUCGGGAAGCUCAUGUCAGGGAAGCCAGAACCCGAGAAGCUCAGGCCCGAGAGGUACGUGUUAGAGAGGCUCAGGUGCGAGAGACCAAGGCUCGGCAGGAGAAGCCCAUCUUGGAGUAUCAGAUGAGGCCUUUAGGCCCAUCAGUGAUGGGUCUGGUAGCAGGGGCAUCAGGAACCUCUCAGAAUUCCCACCGGGGAACCACCUCAGCUUUCCCUACCACUGCAAGCAGUGAGCCAGACUGGAGGGAUUUCCGUCCUCUGGAGAAGCGUUUUGAGGGAACCUGUUCUAAGAAAGAUCAAAGUACUUGUCUAAUGCAGCUCUUCCAGAGUGAUGCCAUGUUUGAACCAGAUAUGAAAGAAGCAAAUUUUGGAGGAUCUCCAAGGAGGGCCUACCCUACUUACUCACCUCCUGAGGAGCCAGAGGAAGAAGAGGUUGAGAAGGAAGGAAAUGCCACUGUAAGCUUCUCUCAGGCUCUGGUAGAGUUCACCAGCAAUGGAAACCUUUUCUCCAGUAUGUCCUGCAGCUCUGACUCUGACUCGUCCUUCACUCAAAACCUCCCUGAGCUGCCCCCCAUGGUGACCUUUGACAUCGCUGAUGUAGAACGAGAAGGGGAAGGCAAGUGUGAAGAGAAUCCUGAGUUCCACAAUGAUGAAGACCUUGCAGCCUCCUUGGAAGCUUUUGAACUGGGCUACUACCACAAGCAUGCCUUCAACAACUACCGAAGUAGAUUCUACCAAGGUCUGCCCUGGGGUGUAAGCAGCCUCCCUCGAUAUUUGGGACUACCUGGGAUGCACCCUCGCCCUCCACCUGCUGCCAUAGCACUCAACAGGAGGAGCCGCUCCCUUGACACUGCAGAGACCUUGGAACUAGAGCUCUCCAAUUCUCAUUUGGCCCAGGGCUACCUGGAAUCUGAUGAGCUUCAGGCCCAGCAGGAAGAUUCAGAUGAAGAUGAAGAGGACGAAGAAGGAGAAUGGGGCAGAGACAGUCCCCUGUCCCUCUAUACUGAACCCCCAGGGGCCUAUGACUGGCCUGCCUGGGCUCCCUGUCCUCUACCAGUGGGACCAGGCCCUGCCUGGAUGAGCCCCAGCCAGUUGGAUGGGUCUUCCAGCCAGUCUCCAUAUGGGCAGGCAACCUGUUGUGUACCUCCUGUGGCCAUUUCAAUGUCAUCAGGGCUAGGGCCAGAGCCAGAGCCAAGAGCACCCGGGGAACCUGGGCCUCAGCUAGCUCGGCCUUCACACUUACCUCUGCCCAUGGGCCCUUGCUAUAAUCUCCAGCCACAAAACUCCCACAGUGUGAGGGCCAGGCCUCGAGAUGUGCUGCUGCCUGCUAAUGAGCCCAGUUGCUCCUCCAAUUCUGGAGGUUUCAUUCCCAGCUCUCUGCCCCAGACCAAGCCUGUGGGCAUCACCCAUGGCAUUCCUCAGCUUCCUAGGGCUCGACCUGAGCCCUCCCAGCCUCAGCCCAGUCUCUACGGAGCUUCUAGCCUUGAUCUGUCAAAGGAGAGGUCCAAGCAAGGUGCCUCUUUACCCACCAGCUGUUCAUCCACUGCCGUGAAUGGAAAUUUAGCCAAGUAGUCAUCAUCAUUUCUGGAGUAGGGGCAUGGGGCCUGAGCAUGUGAAUGGGGAUCAGGGGUUGGGCAGAAGGGUGGGGGUGGGGGUUGCUGUUUAACUUGAAAAUCCUUUUGGCCAAGGAAAACUCCCUGAGUUUCACCUUUUUUCCCCCCUUCCUUCUCUGCCAUCUAUGGCCACAUUCAGCUGAAGUACAUCUGCCCAGGGAGGCUGCUGCUUCUGCGCUCCAGUUUCUGCUUUUGGGGUUCCUUCUUGUGACCCACACAGAUUUUGGGAUGCUAUAAUUUUGUGCCUAUUCCAGUUGCCAAGUUUGUGAUCAUAUAUAUAUAUAUAUAUAUAUAUAUAUAUAUAUAUAUAUAUAUAAAUGAUGCAUCCUCAAUGCAGGCUAUACCCUUAGCAUCCCCCUAUUCUCUCCCCUUAGUAAUUAAUGAGCCACUGAUGAGUAGCCAAGUCUGUACUGCUUCUCAUGCAGAGACAGGGAUUGGGGAGGGCUUGUUUGCUGAUAGCAAUGUGAAGUUAUGGUACAGAUCCUCCCUACCCCAUUUCCUUUCAGCCUUGGCAUAGCUGCCACCAUUACAUCAAAUGACUAUAAGCUAUUUGUCCCAGCUAGCUGUCCUUAGAGAGGAUCAAGUAGCAUGUGUCUCACUGCAUAUUGCUGUGGACUUUGGCAUCAUGAUCAGAUGGUGGCCUUUUAACUUGGCCUGCCAUAAUUUGAAGAAAAACACUAAAACCUGUAAGGGACUGACUAAUUUUCCCACAUGUGAGCAGAGGACAAAGCAAAGUUCUUUCAUGGACACUGCCAUAGAGUCUUGAGCUCUGGAAUAAUAGCAGUUUUUUUUUCUUCUCUUGAGCCUGUGACUGCUUGAGUUGCAGACACUUUUGAAUUUUCAUUUUAUCUUCUAAAGGAAGUUUUUGUAAUCUCAUUGCAAGGAACAUGGUCUUUUAAUUGAGAUAAGGGAAGAGAAGCAACCUAUAUUAGGCUUGGCUGUAGGGCUUGGGGUUUUGUGGGAUGCAGGAGAAAGAGAGAGAGAGAGAGAGAGAGAGAAAAAGAAAUCCAUUUGUCCUAGCCAGCAAGGAAUUAAACUUCAGACUGUGGAGCUUGAAGCAACUAUGCUUUUUUAGCAGGGAAAACUACUUCCCACUUUUCUCCCCAAACCAAAACGUUCUUUAAGCCUUGCCUACCCCUUUGUUUGGAUGCUGUAAAGAGGCCCCAGGCUUGCACUCCCAAGACAGGAUACCAAAGGCAUCUCAGCUGCUGUUCCAGGCUCUGAAGAGCUUUCAUCUUCAAAUUAGCCAAGUCCUUAGCAUCAUCAAAGGAGCAGGCUUCUUGAGAGGAAAGACUGACAUGCCCUCACUCUGCAAGCUGCAGGACUCUGAUUUGCCUGGCAUUUGCAGCCCUUUAUGAAAUGAGCGGCAUCCUCCCAUUUCCUGCGCCCAUGCAAUUUUUAUAUUAAACUAGGUUGGAAAUACUGCUGGCGAAGAACUUCUGUUAAGAAGGGAUUGCAAUAGGCUUAUCUUGUGAGGCUCAAUCUCUCUUAAUCAGCUAUAAGAGGGGUUCUCUAAAAUUCUUUAUUGGAAAUGGCAUAUGGAGUAUGUUUUUGCCUGGAUAUGGUGACCCAAAUUAUGAUUCUUACCUCUUCUGCCCCUCACCCCACCACAUCCCCCAGCCAUCUUCAUGCCUGGAAAGAGAAGUCAACAGGGCUUGAGCCAUUCUUAAGAUAUGGCAAUUUAGCUUGGGAACAAAUGCUGUUGACCCCCUGAGUCAAGGUGACUUUGUGGGCAAAUUGUUCCUUAGUCAGGGGUUGUAUCCAGGCUGGUCUUUGCGACCAUUUCUGAUUGGGGUUGGCCCCAUGUCCCUCCCAAAACAGGCAUACCUGCUGCUAAAAGCUACACCUGGAAGUACCACAAGUGUUUGCAUGGCACCAACACCACCUCUCAAGAGACCCAGACCAGCUCUCCACUCUAAUUUUGGCUACAUUAUGAAGAAGUGUAUCUGCCAUGGAGCUGGAGAAUGAAAGAGGGUGAGGAAGACCCUCACCCCAAGCACAGCAUUCUAAGAAAGAAGUGCCCAGAUUUUCACCAUCAGGCCUCUUAGCAAAGCUGCUCUGAAAGGGUAAGGAUGAAAUUGGCCUGGCUGUUUGGCAGGAAGUUAACACUCACCAAAUGCCUUUACGACAGGAGAAAACCCACCUCUUGCCUCAUCCUUCAGGGCAGCUUGAGCUCCUGUCUGCAUAUGGACUGUGCCAGCCGCAGCAGGCAGUAGAGCUAUCAUCAGCGUCCAUAGCACGCUGGAAAAGAGCCACCAGCCUAAUCUGGGGAGAGGAAAAGGAUGUGGCCAGCCUUUGGCCAAGGGCUGAGAGCUGCCCUCAGGUUUGGGAGUGCAGCAGGAUGUGCUACCUUUAAGGGGAAUUGCCAUAGCCCUGACACACUUUGCUGGGCUUUAGAAGGUCAUGCACCACAGAAUAGUACCUGGAGCUGAGUAAGGAAUUCAUGGUUUAAGACGGUGUUGUGUGCCUGCAAGUCCCUUCACUGCCCCGGCUAGCCCUGGGACAAAAUCCUCACCACCAAAAGUGGGGCAGUCAGGAUACAUGGCUGCAGAAGCAGGCCCCUUUGAGUUGAUGGAGCUGAGGAGUUCAUGGCUAAGUGUAAGGUGCAACCUUGAGGAGGAAGGAGGACUUCGCUAGGGUUUUGGGUGAUGGCAGCUCAGGUUGACAAUGGGAAAACCAACCAAGUUCUUGGCCUCUCCCCAAACACAGGCUAGUGCUUGCUUGGCUCGCACCAAAUAUGCACCAGAUAUCAUGUCCACACCUCCUAUGCUAUGACCAGAUGAACACCAUUUCUCCAUUGCAGGAUCCUGGGAUAAUACUUUAGGAUGUGACUUCAAAGGAAGAUGUGACUAGAGAAGGGGUAGCCACCCUCAUCUUGCUACCCAGUAGGCCUGUCUACUGUCAGAUAGUUCUGAUCCUGAGAAUCCCAAAUGAAACUGGUCCCUGGGGGAUCAAUGAAUGUGGAUAGGGAAGGCCAUCUAGCAGGCCUCUCCCAGGGCCAGGAUACCAAUUUCUUGGUGCUUUAGAGUCUCCAAGGAAGUACUGCCUUGGUGCCUAGUUAGAGCCAGCCCUGCCCAUCUGGCUUUAACUUAGGUACCAAUGCCACAAGCCUCCCAGGAUAAAGGCUUCAGUAAACACCAGUCUUUCUCACUCCCUCAGUGCUGUAUCAAGGAGGGAAGUAGCUUUCCACACUCAGAAGGCUGGUUGUGUGCUCUCAUCCUACUGCCAAUGGCUUUUCCACCUGUGCCACCACCCCACCUGCCCUCGGCCCCCAGGCCCAGUUGCUAGAGGGAGGCGUGGGGAGGUUAGCUGGGAGACUUUAAAUUUACCCAUAUGUAUGUUGCAUCCAAUUGUUUUUAAUAUAUAUAUAUCAAAAGUCAAUUAUCUAUUUUUGUAUUGUUUGCAUUUUAUAUUCAUGGAAAACAAUGUUUAUCAAUUGUUCUUUUCUGAUAUAUUUUAUUUUUAAGCGGUGCUGUUUACAGUUUUAAACAAAACAAAGAUGACACAAAAAUCGCUGCUGCUUGUGCAGAGGGCUGGCAUCUCAACUGCCUAUGGCCCUCCCUCUCUCCUUUUUCCCCACCCUUGCUGUAUCACACUGUUCGUUCCCUCCCCUCAUGAUAAGGACAAUGAAAGAUGUCCAGGUAUCUAAGAAAAAUGCCAGGUGAAUCAGGUGUGUGGAACCUGGUAGACAGUGUGUUGUUUUCUGGCUCUAUGUUUUUCUUUUUGACCCUUUCUCCCCCAUAUGUAGACCUGAGAGUACUCAUGUCUCUUGUUUUUACUUUUUUUUCCCCUACUUAUGUUUUGUGCUUCUGUUUUGAAACCAGAGUGCCCAUGUUGUGCUAUUUGUCAUAUCGAGUUUCUCCAAAGGAGCAUUUUGGGAACAUUCUCCAUCCAGUAGGGAAGACAAGGAGUUUAAACCAAACCUUCUUUCCUCAAGAAACUGGGGGAGACAAAUGGCAAUGAUGUGACACCAUCAGGAAUUAAUCAUCUCGUUGAGGAAACCCUUGCAUGGGACUUUCUAGAAGCUCAGUAGAUUGUGACAUUUGCCCAAAAGAGACUCUGGGGAACUUCUUUACCCUUCUUGCUGCUUUGGGGGAAUCUCUCCUCCUACCAUUCCCCUCCCCCACCCUGCUCCAACUCACAUGUGGAUGGUACUUUGAGGACCAGUGACUGUCAGGGUGAUGGCUUGCUGGCCUGAUCCCCCACUUUUCCAUCCUAGAGUCACUAAAGUAGAAAAUCCACAUGGCAUGUAUAUGUGUGAGGGUUGGGUCUAUUAAUAGGCGGGUCUUUAAUUAUUAUUCUUGUUACUAUUGGUGCUUACUUUCCCUGCUGUAUACGGGGGUGGGUGGGGGGUCAGAAUACAGGAAUGUAUAUUUAGGUCAUGUUAAAUAAAAUGACUGGGGGAAGGAGGGAAGAAAUUAGGAACUGCAGUAUGUCCUCACCCCAGGUAUAAGAGUUCUUUCUCUCCCAGUACAUAAUGGGAAGUGUGUGCCUGAAUGGCUCCUUCCCCAUCUCUGAGGCAUCACAGAAUAACCUGAGCUGUGACCACUCCUAGCUCUCCUUGACAUCUGGAUAUCUUGAAGCACUGCCUGUAUGUUACGACAUAUAUUUCUUUUGCUGAAUGCUAAUAAAAUUCUGGGUUCAGGAGGGACCCCCAGUCACUGAAA